AUGUCUGGCUGGAAGCUUGGAAAGAAGAAAGAGCCCAAAGACUCGCGUUCGGCCACACCGAUCCAGUCGAGGCCGACGACGCCAGGACCGAAGAACGGAGCGAGCCAAGAUGUGAUCAUGAACCCGCCACCCAAUCUCCGCCACGGUGUCCUCGCAGUCCGCAUAUACGCUGGACGCGGCUUCAACCUCCCCACCGGUGUCGAUCUCCCCGCCGCCAUAUCACGUGCAAUGGCAAGUGCCCCUCCACCCCAGGCACGGGGCACACGCGACAGCAUGCAGCGCAAACGCAUGUGGUGGCUGCCCUAUGUCGUUGUCGAGUUUGACAAGAACGAAGUCUUGGUCGAUGCCCUUGGCGGCGAGCUCGCCAACCCAAGCUGGAUGUACAAGGCUCAUUUCGAUGUGUCGAGGCAGUCUAAUCUCUCCUUGUCUGCUUAUUUGCGGACGGCGCCGUCAUCGGGCAGUGACAAUGACAUGGGCAAUGAUAUCUUGCUCGGUCGAUUGGACGUUACACCCAUGCUCGAAGGUGUUCAAUCCGUCGACUCGUGGUUCCGCGCCACCACCGGUACUGGCGAAUUCCACAUGCAAGUCCAGUUCCGCCCUAGCAAGAACGAACCCCUCACGAUCGAGUCGUUUGAUCUUCUCAAAGUCAUCGGUAAAGGCUCCUUUGGCAAAGUCAUGCAAGUCCGGAAGCACGACACCUCCCGGAUCUAUGCUCUCAAGACCAUUCGCAAGGCUCACAUUGCGUCACGACCGGGAGAGAUUACCCAUAUCUUGGCCGAGCGCACUGUUUUGGCCCUGGUGAACAAUCCGUUCAUCGUUCCUCUCAAAUUUAGCUUCCAAAACCAGGAAAAGUUAUAUCUCGUCAUGUCGUUUGUCAACGGAGGAGAAUUAUUCUAUCAUCUUCAAAGGGAAGGUCGCUUUGAUAUCAACCGGAGUAGAUUCUAUGCGGCCGAGUUGUUGCUGGCAUUGGAGCAUUUGCAUGGGUUUGAUGUUGUCUACCGGCAAGUCGUCCCUUUUUUUUCUCUCGUUGCCACGUCCAGAGGUUCUUACUCUAAACAUGUGAAUUCCGACAUCCCAACGAUGUUCACGCGCCUUGUUGUCACACACGCAUAUCCAUUUCCAUCCAACAGCGACCUCAAACCCGAAAACAUUCUCCUCGACUACACCGGUCACAUUGCACUAUGCGACUUUGGGCUCUGUAAACUCAACAUGAGUGAAGAAAAAAAGACCAACACGUUUUGUGGCACUCCCGAGUAUAUCAGUCCCGAGUUGCUUCAAAACCAGGGGUACACAAAGACGGUCGAUUGGUGGACGUUGGGGGUGUUACUAUAUGAGAUGAUGCCCGGUGGGGCCGUCAUGGGUCAUGCGGGGAGGGGCGAGGUUGGCACUUCGGCUGGACAGAAGUCCAAUGGGACGUCGAGCUCGUGCGUGCGUGCGAAAGAUGGCUAUAUUUUCCCCAAGGGCGCUACAAUUUCGCACGCACGCACGCACGCGCUCACGACUUGGGGAUUACUACGGCAUUUUCGUGCCCAGGCUGUGGAGUUGCUUGCGCAUGAGGGCCGUUGGAAGGUUAUGGCACGUCACCAUGUGUUCAUAUUACCUGAUAGCGGGCAUGUGUUUACUGGUCUCCCACCGUUUUAUGACGAGAACGUAAACACGAUGUAUCAGCGCAUUCUCCGAGACCCGCUUCGUUUCCCGGACGAAAUGCAUCCCGAAGCGAAGAGCGUCAUUACCGGUUUGCUCCAGCGCGACCCUAACAAACGCUUGGGUAAUAAUGGAGCCGAGGACAUCAAGAACCAUCCGUUCUUCAGGAACUAUGUCGAUUGGCAUGCGCUAUCUCGAAAGAAGAUCCAGCCGCCGUUCAAACCCAGUGUCCAGAGCGCCGCCGACACGAGCAACUUUGAUGCUGAGUUCACGAGCGAGGUUCCGCUAGACUCGGUCGUCGAAAAUUCACAUUUGAGCGAGACGGUUCAAGAUCAAUUCAAGGGCUUCACGUACAACCCCGCCAACGAGCAUUUAAGCGAGAGCGUGGGGUACGGCAGUGCCAUGGGCUAA